AUGAUCACGGACACGCAGCUCGCCAUCUUCGCCAACCUGCUGGGUGUGUCGCUUUUCUUGCUUGUGGCUCUCUAUCACUAUGUGGCUGUCAACAAUCCCAAAAAGCAGGAAUGA